GUGAGUCUGGGCUGUCAUGUGAAAGGCUGGAACAGUUCGACCAGGAAAUCUCAGCUUGUUGAUAGAGCUACAGUUUAACUGCCCACCAUCUGGAAGCACAUAAGUUGUAUUUAGUGUUUAGGCCUAGUAUUUAGGAAAAAAGGUUUUAAUUUGUGCGCCAUGGCUUCUCUAUUCAAGAAGAAGACAGUCGACGACAUUAUAAAGGAACAGACUAAGGAGCUUCGAGGUACUCAGAGACAGAUCGCUAGAGACAGAGCUGCUCUGGAGAAACAAGAGAAACAAAUGGAGAUUGAGAUCAAGAAGAUGGCUAAGUCUGGGAACCGCGAGGCGUGUAAGAUCCUGGCCAAGCAGCUGGUACAGCUGAGGAAGCAGAAGAACAGGACAUACGCCGUCAGUUCAAAGGUCACCUCCAUGUCCACACAGACCAAGGUCAUGAACUCUCAGAUGAAGAUGGCUGGCGCCAUGUCUUCUACGGCUAAGACGAUGCAGGCGGUGAACAAGAAGAUGGAUCCUCAGAAGACCCUCCAGACCAUGCAGGACUUCCAGAAGGAGAACAUGAAGAUGGGCAUGACAGAGGACAUGAUCAACAAUACAUUAGAUGAGAUAUUUGAGGAGUCAGGAGACGAGGAAGAAUCUCAGGACAUUGUGAACCAGGUUCUGGACGAGAUCGGCAUUGAGAUCUCUGGAAAGAUGGUGAGAGCCCCAGCAGCAGGGAAGAGUCUCCUUACUGCUUCUCCUAAACGGAAAACGCAGAUCUCUGACGACGAGAUAGAGAGACAGCUCCGAGCCCUGGGAGUGGACUGACACACACACAUACACACACACACAAUCUGCUGCAGCAGGCAGCCUGCUGAAGGGGUAGCCUUCAUUAUGUACUUACAGACGGUUGACUCUGGAAAAGUGACCUCAAUGUUCACGUUAUAUUUUGUGCAUGGCUUCUCCAUUAGUCCUGGGAGUACCAAUCCUGUGGGAGGAUGAUAAAGUCAUAGAAAUAGAAUGAAGUAAUGAUGAUUGUUCUCUGUGCUCUCACAUUUUUAGGUACAGUACUAUAGACGCUGGUGAUGUCAGACUACUGACAAUGUGUCUGUCUAGUUCCACUGACAUUAACUCUAGGAGCUACUGACAAUACUGACAUUAACCCCAACGAGUAGGGUAAGGACUUUUUCAAUAAUAAAAAUGUUGCUUGAGAAUCUAUGGAAUUAGCAGGAUCAAACUGGAUACGAGUUACGUACAGAGAUUCAGUUUAAAACAAAAACGUGUGAAAUAAUAAUCUAAUGCUAAUUCAAACUAAUAAUCAUUAACAUGAUAUAUCAAAGAAUGGUUCAGUUGAAUUGCCUGUUAUGUGCCACUGAGUUGUUCUCUAAUUUGAAGAUAUUGUCUGUGUUUUAGUUGAUCUCUGUGUCCUGUCUUUCUGAAGUGGGAUUGAACCAGCAGUCUCUCUGUCCUCCUCAUCUCUCUCUUUAUCUUGGCUGCUGUGCAGUUAAUAUAUCUGUUGUUAGAGCUGUUUGUUUAAACCACACACACACACAUUCUAGAGUGGACAAGGAGUUUGUGAAGAUUACACUGAUCGUUUUGUCUUCCUGACGCUCUCUCUCUCUGUUUCACUCCACCAUGCUGUAAGAGCAGGUUAGGAGACAAUGACGUAUUGUGCAAUGUCAGCUAAACAGCAUUUCAUGCAUCCUAGAAUGUUCCCUCUCAUGGUUCUCUUGUGGUUUUCUAAUGUCUACUAGUAUAUCACUGUAUAGUAAAAUAAUGAUCUUAAUGAUUGUUACUGGAAAACAUUGACUGGCUCACUAUCGUUACAUCAAUUUCUUUUCAACUUGAUCUUUGGUGUAAUUCGCCAUACAGGAAAUGUAAAUGAAUGAAGGUUGUUGUCACACUUUUUAUCCACCAUGUAUGUCAACUACUGUAUGUAUCCUCUGUAUCUGUACAGUUCUACUGUUUAGGGUUGAUUACUUUUAUAAUGAAUAAAAUGGCUUAAUGAACAAAAACAA